GCAGCAGCGGGAGGGGGGGGGCGGUGGCAGUGGCGGCGGCAGAGGUGGUGGCAGGGCGGCAACAAACAUGGCGGCCAGGGCAAGCAACCGGCCACCGGUUUGGGGACGUGGCAAGCCAUCUUUUACUACCGGUUCUGCGAACUACUAAAUAUUUUUACUAUCGGUUGUCAGCCUCCACUCCAAGCUUCCCUCUAUUUGUGUUACAUGUGUGCAAUUUGUAUUCAGUAGUUAGAUUGCAGUGUCAGUAUGUUAAUGUAAAAUAGCCAUGAACCUAAGAUGUAUACUAUCCUAUUCAGAUUAGCAGAAGAGGGCCCUUUAAGAGUGUCAUCUGACAUAAAAGGAAGGGAGGGGGCAGCAAAUGUUUGAAUCAGCAUAAACGGCAGACACGCGGGCUUUCCAACGUACCCUGCAUUCCUGAGAUAAAAAACUGCUGGAGACCUUCGGAAGAAGAUUAUCACAGGGGGCGAGAAGGAGCUGGCAUUGGACCAGGCCUGCCUGACCAUUUGUGGGAAGGAGGGACUAACGAGGGGAUAUAGGAUGUUAGCCAUAUUCUGUCUCAGAUCCAACUUUACACUGCUGUUGUCCGGAUGUAUUUAGUAAAAGUACUUUUCUUUAUUUCCAAAUGAAGUCAAGGUGUAUUCUUUCCUAAAUAUAAUCAGAGGCAGCCUGACAUUAAAUUGGAUCUCACACCAUGUCGACCAACCAGGAUUUAAACCUAAAUACCCCGGCGGUCGAAAUGAAAACUUUGAUGGGAAGACAGCCAGCUGCUGAACUGGAGGAGCCGCCCGGAGGUAUUUCUUCUGUUAGUUUUAACCCUGAACUGGAGGAUUGCAGAGCCCGGUGGAUGGAACAAUUGCAGCUGGAAGAAAAAGGGCUUCCUUCUGGAGUGACUAAAAGGAAAAAGGGGAAGGUCAGACUUUCAGAUUGGAAACAAGAGCAGGAAAUCUGAGACAGGCUCCAGUUGGACGAGGCAUUGCAUCUUUACCGUGAGGUGAAAGUAAGGCAAGCAGCCCGCCAGAGGUAUGAAUCCCCUAUUCGGUCCUCCAGGGGGAGGGAGAAGAGGAUGAAGAAAUUGCCAGGGGAGCAACUGGGGGAGUUUCCCAAUGCGUAGGGGAUUUUGGAAGAACCAGAACCAGAAAUCCCCUUCCCAGAGGCAGCUGAGUCUGAUGGAGGGCGUACUCCACCUGCUGGCCAAGUAAGGUUGCGCAGAGGAAGGAAAAAGCCUAAAAUUCCCCCCAUAUCUGGAAAAUUCAAUGGAGAUGCCAAGGAGUUCCUGGCGUUAGUGAAUAACCAUACGAUGGACUGGGGGAAAGAAUAUUGGUCGCAGGCGGCGCAGGUUAGAGCUGUGACCCAAAACUGGAAACUGGAAGAGCAGCUGCGUGGUUUGUGUCGUUAUACAGCGGGCACUCCCCCUUACUGCAAAACUAUGAGCAUUUUAUGACUACACUGAAGAGGAGGUUCAAGGACCCCCUGGCAGAGCAGAAGGCCAAAGGCCGGAUGAAAACCAUCAGGCAAGGGAGGAGACCAGUGGCUGACUACAACCAGGAGUUCAGUGAUCUGGUUCCCUUGAUGAGAGGAUGGUCGGAGGUGACCCUUGUGGACAUUUACAAAGAUGGCCUGAAUGGAGAUCUGUAUACACUAUGCCGGACACGGGCCUCUCCAACCACAUUGUACGGCUGGCAUACCCUGGCAGCGGAGAUGGAAAUCGAGCUGGCAAAGGAUCGCAGUCGAGCAGAGCGCACUGGAAGGCAAACCCCCGCCCAUUUCUCUAGAGGCCCUCCAAAGGACGCCCUUACUACGGAGAGUGGGAGGCAACGUUCCACCGCUUGCUUCAGAUGUGGAAAAGAAGGCCACCGAGCAGCUGAGUGCCGAGUGAAGCUGGUGUCGAAGACAACCCCUGGUGGUGGAAAGGAACCAGGCAAGCCAACUAAGAAGGCGCGAGAGCCGGCAAAGGCAGGAGUAGGCGUCACCAAGAAGGCCACUCCCAUCAAGGAGCGUGGAACGCUGACUGAGUCCGAUGACAGCGAAACCACAUCCAAUUCCGAUGAAGACCUUUUGACUCUCUCAUGGCCUCGUCUUCAUCUCCUGGAACCUCAGUUCUUUGUAAUGGAGGAUUAACGGCGGUUGAGCUUCCAAUGCAGGAAUUGAUAUCGCUUGAGGAUGUAGCUGUGGUUUUCUCCGUGGAGGAGUGGGCCCUGCUGGAUUCUGAGCAAAAAGCCCUGUACCAGGAGGUCAUGCAGGAAACCAAGAGGAACUUGGCCUCCUUAGCAGGUGACGGAUGGGAGAUGGAGGAUUCUGGCCAAGAGGCAGCAGCACAUUUCCCAAAAGAGAAAAAGGAAGUUGCAGAAAAAAUGUAUGGAAAGCAAAGUUUGGAGGAAAACCAAUUAAUGGUUGAGCUGGAGAACUGCACUAGUUUACCUUCUGCAGAUACCAAUGUCUUAUUGGACACAGAUGAUUGCCAAGAAAAAGGAGAAUGUUCAAGGUGUGGGAAAAUGCUCCGAGAUGAAGUUGGAUUAUGUGACUGUUGCCAAAGGCCUACUGGAGAGAAACAAGAUGAAAGCAGGCAACACUUCAGAAGGACCCUUCCUCCUCCUUUACAUGAAAGAAGACAAGAAGGAGGGGAAAUAUACAAAUGUACGGAUUGUGCAGAAAGCUUCAGUACAAGCCUCUCUCUUGCAUUGCAUAAAAAUAUUCACAAAGCAGAGAAUCCACACAAAUGUCUGGAUUGUGGAAGAACCUUCAGGCAGAAAAAUCAUGUUAGUUCAUAUAAGAAGGUCCACGAAGAGAAGAAGCAGCAUCAAUGUAUUAAUUGGGGAAACAGCUUCGGAAGCAGCACCUCCCUUACUUCCCAUCAAAGCAUCCACAGAGAGGAGAGGUUGCAUCAAUGCAGGGAGGGUAGAAUGAGGUUUCCUGGGAGCAGGGAACCGAAUUCCCAGAAAAAAAGCCCCACUGAGAAGAAAUCAUAUAAAUGCCUGGAAUGUGGGAAGAGCUUCUGCUCUCCAAGUAAGCUCACUUACCAUAAUAGGAUCCAUACAGGGGAAAAGCCGUAUCAUUGCACAGUGUGUGGAAAGAGCUUCACCCGAAAAGGCUAUUUCAAUUUACAUAAUAGGAUCCAUACUGGAGAGAAGCCAUAUCAUUGCAUUUUGUGUGGAAAGAGCUUCACCCUAAAAGGCCAUUUUAAUUUACAUAAUAGGAUCCACACUGGAGAGAAACCAUUUCAGUGCCAGGAGUGUGGAAAAUGCUUCAGGACCUCCAGUAACCUUACUUGCCAUAAGAAGAUUCACACAGGGGAGAAACCCUAUGAAUGCUUGGAGUGUGGAAAAAGCUUCAAUAGACAUGGUGCUCUAACCUUACAUAAUCGGAGGCAUAAAGGGGAGAAACCUUAUAAAUGCCUGCACUGUGGAAAGAGCUUCAGUGAAAAAGGUAGUCUAAAGUCACACGAGAGGAUCCACACAGGGGAAAAACCAUUUCAAUGCACGGAGUGUGGAAAGAGCUUCCGUACUUCAACAAGCCUUACUUCCCAUCACAGAAUCCACACGGGGGAGAAGCCCUUUCAGUGCCUGCAGUGUGGAAAGUGCUUCAGUCACCCAAGUAGUCUUACUCUCCAUAAAAGGAGCCACACGGGUGAAAAGCCUUACAAGUGCAUCGAAUGUGGCAAAUGCUUCGCUCAAUUGGGGCAUCUCUCUUGCCACAAAAGGCUCCACACUGGGGAGAAACCAUAUGAAUGCAGCACAUGUGGAAAGAGCUUCAAUGAAAAAAAAAGCUAUAUCAUACAUAGCAGAACCCACACUGGGGAGAAACCAUUUCAGUGCCAGGAGUGUGGAAAACGCUUCAGGGAUUCUGGAGCACUGACGAACCAUAAAAGGGUUCACACAGGGGAGAAACCCUAUAAGUGCACAGAGUGUGACAUGAGUUUCCGUCAGUCUAGUAACCUUGGUACCCACAAGAGGAUCCACACUGGGGAGAAGCCGUAUACAUGUCAUGAGUGUGGAAAAAGCUUUAGACAUAAUGAUACACUCAGAAGCCAUAGAACGCUUCACUCAGGGAAGAAACCUUAUAAAUGCCUAGAGUGUGGAAAAUGUUUUAGUAUGAGUGGCCACCUUACCUCCCACCAUAGGCUCCACACAGGAGAGAAGCCAUUUAAAUGCAUCGUGAGUGGAAAGAGUUUUCGAGAAGGGAAGAAUCUUACACUCCAUAAAAGAAUCUACACAGGGGAGAAACCUUAUAAAUGCCUGGAGUGUGGAAAAUGUUAUAAUCAGAGUGGCAGUCUUACCUCCCACAUGAGGAUCCACACAGGAGAGAAGCCAUUUAAAUGCAUCGUGUGUGGAAAGAGUUUUCGAGAAGGGAAGAAGCUUACACUCCAUAAAAGAAUCCACACAGGGGAGAAACCCUAUAAAUGCCUGGAGUGUGGAAAAUGUUAUAAUCAGAGUGGCAAUCUUUCCUCCCACAUGAGGAUCCACACAGGGGAGAAGCCGUAUCAGUGUGUGGAAUGUGGAAAGAAAUUCAGAACCGGUAGUAACCUUACUCAACAUAAGAAAACGCACAGCAGGAAAAGAUGACCUGAAUUGGUUUGUGUUGACUCUCAACAUUUGCUUAACGCCCCUAGAAGUGUUCCAGGAGAAUCUGUAGAAACCCUUGGAGUAUUGGAAGGGCUUCCGAAGCAGGAGAAGCUUUUUGAUUCAUUAAAAAUAAGAGUUGGCUUGUAUAACUAGGAACUAACUUUUGGACAUUAGAUCUUUGUGCUAGAGUCAAAUAGAAUAGAAAUUGAAUAGAAAUAAUAAUAGAGUGGGAUGGCGCUCCGCGUUAGAAGAUCGGAAAAGUCAGUGAAACAGUAUAAAUCACUGUUCACUGACCUUAGCAUACCCCUUGGGCAAAAGGGGGUGUGCAGAGCUGUGGGGGAGUGGUAGAUCUCUCCAGGGGGUUUGCUCUUAAGAGUGAAUUUUUCUGGAUUGGAGUCCCAUCGAACCUCAUUGUACUCCGACUUCAAACGUGCUCCUG